AUGGGAUUUGGCCAUAGAAGGAGAUUGUGGGUUAUGGAGUGUGUGACCACGGUAUCUAUGUCGGUUUUGAUAAAUGGGCCACCAUCCAAGCCGUUCAAGAUGGAAAGAAGCCUGAGACAAGGAGACCUGCUUUCUCCUUUCUUGUUUGUAUUAGUUGUGGAUGUACUACAUCGUAUGGUAGGAGAGGCUGUCAGAAAUGGACGAAUAUCACUGUUGUUGAUUGGGAGAGAUAGUAUAGCGUUGUCACAUCUUCAGUUUACUGAUGACACAAUUCUGUUCUGCCCACCAGAGGAGGAAACUAUUAAGAAUUACAAGCGGCUAUUAAGAUGCUUUGAGUUGAUGUCAGGACUCAAUAUUAAUUUUGACAAGUCAAGCUUGAUCCCGAUAAAUUGUGAUGAACAGUGGAUCCAGAUUUUAAAUAGUCUGUCUGUGUAUUAUUUGAGCUUGUUCAAGUUGCCAAGAGUUGUUGCUGAGAAAUUGAUUUCACUGCAAAGAAGAUUCUUGUGGAGUAAGGAUGAUGGUAGUAAUGGAAUGGCAUUAGUAAAAUGGGAAGUGGUGCAGGCUCCUAAAAAGCUAGGCGGGUUGGGAGUUGGGAAUGCUAUGGUUCGUAACACAGCUAUGUUGUUUAAGUGGUGGUGGCGGUUUGCUAAGGAAGAUUGCUGA